GUUCCAUUUGGAGUUCGGUUUCAGUUCAGUUCAGCUUUACUCCUCGUCGAGUGGGGUUUAUAACGUGUGUUUUCACUGCACUUUAAAAGACGCUUAGGCUCUUUUCUAGUACAACGGAAUACCGCCGCUCUUCAAUUCGGCGCCAUCAGUCUCGCUUCGUUUCUCUCUGUGCCCUGAGCACUUAUAUACAAGAGGAUUUCUUAAUUACAUCACUAUUUUAAUUAGUGCUACGUACUAUUUUUCAUAUUUUCUACACUAUUUGGAUUUGGAAUUAAAGUUACAGUGCAUUGUGAGUGUGGUGAAAUGAGUGAGUGCUGAAACGGGGAACUAGCAUCUAGAUAUCUUGUAACGAGGGGGGGAAAAAGUCGACAAUCGGGUAAAUUUGCGACUUGCUGGCCAAGGCAAGAGGCGUUCUACAGGCCGCCCGGCUAUGUCGAUGUCUGGAGCGAGGUCGGCGCACACAAAGAGGAUCAGUCUGUCGAGACUGUAAUAUAGUGUUCGGUGACUAUCCUAUAGCAGUUUUGUACUUGCAACAGAGGUAUAGAGAGCCGGCUGAGAUAAAGCCGAGAGUAAAAUGCUCUACUGCCAGAGGGAAUAACAUUAGGCCUCCGUACGUAGGCUCAUGCGUACAGAGGCUAACCCGCCUUCACAUAGAUUUGUCUUAUGAGACAAAAAUUAACGGCCAAAAUGACGGGAAUGAGUAAGAGAACAUAUCUCAGGGAAGUGAAUCCCUAUCUGAUUUGUCCGCUUUGUCGAGGAUAUUUAAUAGAUGCAACAACUGUAGUCGAGUGUUUACAUUCUUUUUGCCGAAGUUGCAUUCUAAAGCAUCUUCGAUCACAAGCACAAUGUCCCUCCUGUUUGCAUUUAUUAAAUAAAGCAAAACCCAACAUUAAGGCUGACAAAGCUUUACAAGAUAUUGUAUACAAACUGGUACCAGGACUUUAUCACAAAGAAAUGAGAAAGAGGAGAGAAUUUUAUAAGAAACAUCCAGAACAUGCGGAUUCUGUGACACCAGAGCAACGAGGCGAAGACGUGAGUGGAAGACUGAUUUUUGCACCGGAGGAUGCAAUAAGUUUGAGUUUGGAAUACCUUCCUCCUGGUGCAGAUCCUACAGCAUUAAGUUUGAGUACCAAUGAUGCGGACACAAUACAGCCAAACACAAAUAAUACCCAGUCAAAUAAUAAAAGUGACGUGGCAAGUACUCAUGAUUGUAGUCGAAGGUAUUUGCAAUGUCCAGCUCUAGUGACAAUCGCACAUCUCAAGAAAUUUUUGGCUCUGAAGUACAGUGUCGACGUUACUCGAUAUUGCAUUGAGAUUUGCCACAGACGUGCACCACUUCCCGAACAUUGGACUCUAAUGGACGUUGCCUACAUUUAUGCUUGGAAACGAAAUGCUCCGUUGAGAUUUUUCUACCGGAUAACGCAAGAAGAGCAACGAUUGGAAGCACCGGUGAAUGACAGGCCGUCAACUCCUGGCGUUGGAGCAAGUUUAUCAGCAGUUGAAAAUGGAAAUAACAAAACUGAAAGUGACGAUCAAGUACAAGUGGAAAAAGAAGACUCCUCUAAAGUGCAGAAAGCAGCAAAGAAAAACGAUGUCAAGACUCCGUUAACAGUUCCCCCUUCAACAAACCCUAAUGCCAGUGUCAAGGUAGAUAAGAAACCUCACACACCUGUCGCGAAAGAAAGUGCCAAAGCGGUCAAAGUGAAUCAAUCACCAGUUGACGAUGAAACGAAACAAAUUAAAAGUCCCAUCAAGAUAUUGAAAAAUUCCGACGGUCGCUACGAGGUUCUAAGAACAACAAACAGUCAAACUUCCCCCGAAUCACGUGAAACCCCACGUAAUUCAAGUGAAAAGAAAACUGCAAGUCCAGAAUUCAGUGUCGUUAGCAUCGGCGACAGUCCCAAUUCGAACGGAGUGAAAAUAACAUUAAAACAGUGCGCACCCGGAGGCUUAUCCUCAUCAAAACCAAAAAUUGUCAGCAACGUUCUAAUGAGAAAUGGCCAGACUGAGAAACUCCUGAAAUCCCACGAGAAGAAUCGACAGAAGGAAUUGGCCGAGAAGCAGGAGAAGCACAAGCGUAAAGUUACUUUCGUCGACAAAGUAGAGAACAAUGUGAAGGAUAAUGAGGAAAAUGAUGUGAAUAAAAAAAUUGCGGAACAAUCUGAUAAGAAGGAAUUCCUGCACGCUUUUCGUCUCACCGCCAAGCAACCUUGGAACGAUCCGAUAAAGGACGACAAAACCAUUAACCAGGACGCUAAUAAAACUGCUAAUUGGAAAAUAACAGUCAACACAGCAUUGCAGAGCCCCGAAAAGCAAGAUAAAUCCGAAAAGAAAAACAACAAUGCCGAACGUAAUACAAUUUAUUCGACAAAGAAUAAGACACCCGAAAAAAUCGCCAAUUUCUCCAUGAAAACCGAAACGUCGAAACGGUUUCUCAACGGAAUUGUCAAGGAUUUGAAUACUAGUGAGGAUUCAAAAAUCGACGUCUACGCAUUCCCCAGUGAACCCCCAACUCUUCCAGCCGGUGCUGUCAAGCGAAAGUGUCCCCCAGGUCUACCGAUUUUCGAAAUGGGUCGCAAACGACCGCAUCUACAGGGACAAAUUCGAAAGAAGCCGCCCACACCCGUGAAAAUUGCCAAAAAACAAGAAAACCCGACACCAGCAAAAAAAGUGAAAGAAUCCACCCCCCUGAGUGGAAUUAGCUGUCCAGUAACCAAUGCAGCAAUACCGAAACCAACAAUUUCGGACAAUACCAGAAAUCUCCUGGACGGUUGUGGUUUGAACAUUCCCGCUAGUCUAAGUAUCACACUAACCGCCCCGAAGUCACCCAACUACAACACCACAUCAUCCGCAGAUGCCGUCAAUCUCAACAAGGACAAUCAAAUUCUCCCCGGCAAGGUUAAUCCCAGUAUUACCCUGAACGAUCGCUCCGUCGACCCACGUGUCCUAAAGGCCCUCAAGACAGGACAAAUCCGAAUGCCCGUCGCCUCGAGUCGACCAAAAGUGAAACCCGCCCUAGAACGAACCCAGCCAGUGAAGCGAAAGAAGGACGACAUUCUCGACCUGAGCGGCACCAGAAAACUCGACAUCCACCCUCUGCGAAUUCCCCAACCAGUCUCGAAAUUCAAAAGCAAAUCAUCAAGAGACAAUUCCCCGGCAGCUCUCCCGGCGUCUAGUCAAGUGGUCACUUUAACCGGAGGACAAAAAUACUACCGAGCACCUCCUGGUUCCCUAACACCCGCAGUCCAUCGGGUCGCCGACUACCCCCAAACACCGCCAUCCCGUGGACCAGUCUACGCACCCUGCUUCCCAUCGUCGCCCCACAACAGCGGUCGCAACAACAUCUCCUCCGUAUUCCCCAGUCUACAGAGUCUCUACGCCCUCAGCCAAGCCCCGAACCUCCAACAAUUCCAAAUGGACAAUCGCCUCCGACUUCCACAACCAGAAAGUACAACCUCCACCGGUCCGAGUAAAAGUCACCUAGCCGCUCAAUGCGCUCCCCUAAAACCCGCCAGGUCUUCCUUCGCCUCUCUCGCAGUUCCUAUAGUUAAGCAGUCGUCCCAUCUUCGACAACUCACCUUCACUCCGGUCAUGAAUCCACAAACAGAACUGAAGAAAAACAAUACCAUUAACAGAGAGGAAUUGUCGAAUCAGAAUAAUACCGAAACGGAAAAAUCUUCGGCAACCAUCGCCAAGAUUGUUAAGAAUGUUAAGGAUGGCAAGGAUGGUAAGGAUGGCAAAGACGGCAAGGAUACCAAGGAUGGUAAAGACAGCAAGGAGGGCAAGGAUACCAAGGCUAUCAAAGACCUCGAGAGGCCCGGCGAAAAAUUAAGUCAAUCUAGUUCUAGUCUACAACCGAAUCAAGAGGCCAGUGCAUCAAAUAGUAUUGAUUCGAAUCUACAAGAAGCCGCCAGUCCCAGAGUGACCUCAACAGUCUCGCCCUCGCCACCACCGCCACUCAACCCAAUCUCCAGUAUUAAUAAACUCUCCCACUCCUCCACCGAUGAAGUCUUCUCAUCUUCAAACUGUAACAAAACCUCCGAAGUGACGAGCACAAAAUCACCCGAGAGUCCCGAUUCCAGUUCGAUUGUGAACGAAAAUUCGAAUAGCGCUCCUAGUGCACCAAUUGGCGAACAACAGAAAGAAGAGACGAAAACUACUCUCAAAGCAGAAGCGGAGAAAGAAACAACGAGUAUUCCGAAGAAAAUUGAUGAUGUUCCUGCUGCCGUUGAGUCGAAGGAGAAAAAAAUUGAGAAUAUCAAAGUUGAUGUCAAUCAGAUGACAUCGGAGGUCUUCCAAAAAAGAUUGCUGGCUGCUUUUCCAUCUAAUGAAUGGGCGAAUAAUCCAAUUGCGGCGAAACAUUUGGGGAAUUUACUGAAGAGUUUGACGUCAAUGCAAAAUGAAGAUCAGACGGAUAAAAAGGCGCAGACAAAGGAGACGAAGGAAAUAAUAUCAAGCAAGUGUGUUAAGGAUAUUUUACCGAAAACAAAUGUUGAGGUAACUGACUGAUCAAACUUUUUAUCAAUUGUUCCCAAUAUUUUCUAUUUAGACCGCAUAAACACCAGAGGGGUUUGAAUUUAUUUGGAAUGUUUCUCCUUUUCUUUUUUGAAAAUGAAACGAUUCUAUUUAUGUGAAUCAGAAUAUUGAUUUCAAUCCAAAGGUAAUUUUUCUGCAAUUUUUUUUUGUAAGUUAUACAAUUUUUUGUUAUUUUUGCAAUUUUUUUUUGUCAUCUCGACAAUUUUUGGCUCUUGUUAUUUAUCAAUUAUAUUAGGUUGAAAAAUUUCUUUAUUUCAAAAAUUCGCACAAAGGAAAAUCACUUUUCUAAAAAUGGAAAAUAUGUCUCGAAGAUUGGCGACGACGCUCGGCGACAAAAAUGAUUUUUUUCGGAUUUUUAGUGAUGAAAAUGCCAUUAAUUUUACUAUUUUCAUUCAGGUGGAGUUGUAAAAUUUUUAAUUUACAGCUCUCUAAAUUUGAAUGAGUAACAAUGUUUAUUAAUUUGAACUGACUUUUUGCUUUUAAA